UUGGCGCGAACUGUUAAAUUGGCUCAAAUAACCUUUAACCGAGCGAUACCCUAAGCGUUAUCCAUUGUAUCUAAUGUUGCAUUUCUACAGCCAAGUUCACAUAUCACUCUCUAUUUAGUUAGUCUCAUUGUUUCCGAUAUGCAAACAGCAAUAUUAUCUUAUCGUUUUGACAUUAGUGGAAAUAUCUCGUUACGGAACACACGCCUGUGGACUAACCUGAUGUGACGUGUAUCUUACUUUAUUUAUGUGUACAAACAUGCUGUUUAAUAAUCUGGUGUGAAUCGAAUUGCAAUUUAUAUUUAAGUUCGUGUUAAUGUAUCGUCAUAAUGGGGGACAGCACGGAUAUACAUGAGUUACAAAAAUUAAGUCCUUCUUCUCCAAAUGUCAACAAAUUGUCGAGUAAUGCACCUGCAGAAAAAUCUUCAGAUAAAUGGAGGCCAAUUCUCGAACCAGCGUUGGUCGGUGCCAUGAUAGCAAUCAACCUGGGCCAGACUUCUUUACAAAACUUCUACUUACGAACUGCAUGUACUGUCGACUUACAAAAACCUAUUGAUAUUUGCAGUAAAGGCGUAGGCGACGACUUUAGGGCAGCCGAGGUGGCCAGCCAGGUGGUUGUAUCAAGUGUAAAUGUGAGUCGAAGCUUUAUUGGAUCUCUAAUUUCAACAAUAGUCCUUUUAUUCGUCGGUCCAUGGAGCGAUUGCAGCGGUAGACGAAAACCUACACUCAUCAUGCCCCUGGUUGGGAUGACAGUGAUGACGACCGCUGUCUUGCUGAUGUUGACAUUCCCCGGAGCUUCGACAGUGCAAGUUCUUUACGCUGUUCAAAUACCCAUGUCAAUCGGUGGAAAUUUUGGUCUCCUCUUAGCUGCGUCUUUCAGUCAUAUAGGUGAUUUGUGUCAUGCAACGGGGCGUGACGUCACACGCACGAUGGGCACUCACCGCGCCGCCAUUCAGAUUGCUCACGUAGUCGGCUCAGUGAGUGGACCCUUGCUGUAUCGACAAUUGGGCUUCUAUGGAGUGUUCCCUCUAGUCCUAAUAUUACAGGUGUUAUCCCUCAUCUACGUCAUAGUAUCGGUAAAAGACGUGAAUGUUAACGUUGAUAACAAAGUGUCAGUACUAAAUUGGCGGCUGCCAUUCAAUGCUAUCCACUGCUUGGUGCGGAAACGGGAUGGCUAUAAGAGAAUGGUCAUAUUAUUGAUGCUGGUUGUUACACUUGGAGAUAGAAUGAUGUUGUCAGCGGAGGUGUUACUCUCGUAUAUGUACUAUAGAUUCAAGUUCAACUGGGACGAUAUACUUUUCGGCUCGUUCCUGGCUUACAGAAAUAUUGUAAGCUUUUUUGGAACGCUACUCAUACUCACCGUUCUAAAGCGUCGACUGCGACUCUCCGAUGAGAUGGUGGGGGUGGUCAGCUGCAUGUCCUAUACUGUCGCUACAUCAGGCCUUAUAGCUGCUAGAAAUACUCUCGUCGUUUUUAUAAUUCCAAUCAUCGGCAUUAUUUCUCAAGGAUCUCAGGUUGUACAAAGGCCGAUAAUCAACAAACAAAUUCUUCCCACUGAACAAGGCAAAAUCUACAGCGUUCUAGGAGCGCUAGAAAGUGCGACGCAAACGAUUUCGUCCCCACUAUAUUCGUUGCUAUAUUCAGCAACUGUCCCCACCUUACCCGAUGCUUGGCUCAUACCAGGAAUUGUAAUCGCUUCAAUCCAACUGUUAACAUACUUCACCAGCAGACAUCUACGCCUCCGCAGCGGAAAGGACACUGUCGAGGAAAAAAUUGCAACCCAAACAAAAAUCAAUGAUAUUGAAGCUAACAUAAUACCAAAUGAAGAAACAAACAUUCAUAAUAUAAAGUCAAAAGAAAAUGACGUGACAUGAAAGGGGUGGAGUGCCGAAUAAAAAUUAAUUAAUAUAAC